CAAAGCUGGCUACUUGCGCUUAGGGAGUGUUUUCCCAUUUAAACAAACACAGUCCUGAAGAUGGCGGAGAGUUAAUAGUAGUGGAAAAAAGAAACUGGUGCGCUCCAAGGAAUACAUUGAAUCUGGAGCAGACCAGACCAGACCAGACUCUGGGCAGACUGCGGUCAAGCACAGAUCACACUCGCGCCAAAGGCGCUGAUAUGUGCUCACGAUGAGUGGACUGGGGGAGAACUCCUUGGAGCCACUGUGCUCCGACCGGAAACGCAAGCUCUCCACCUGCGACACGCCCGGCCUUGGGUGUGACAAGAGGAGACGGGAGCAGGAGACCAAGUACAUCGAAGAGCUGGCCGAGCUGAUCUCCGCCAACCUCAGCGACAUCGAUAACUUCAACGUAAAGCCGGACAAGUGUGCCAUCCUCAAAGAGACAGUGCGGCAGAUCCGUCUGAUCAAGGAGCAAGGGAAAGCCUCCUCCAAUGACGAUGACGUCCAGAAAGCCGACGUGUCCUCCACAGGCCAGGGGGUCAUCGACAAGGACCAUCUGGGGCCUCUGCUGCUUCAGGCUCUGGACGGCUUCCUGUUUGUGGUCAGCCGGGACGGCAGCAUCGUGUUUGUGUCGGAUAACGUGACGCAGUACCUGCAGUACAAACACGAGGAGCUCAUCAGCACCAGCGUCUACAACAUCCUGCACGAGGAGGACCGCGACCAGCUCCACAAGAGCCUGCCCAAGUCCAACAUGAAUGGCGUGUCCUGGUCUGGUGAAGCCCCUCGGCAGAAGAGCCACACCUUUAACUGCCGCAUGCUGGUGAAGUUGGUCCCCGGCUCGGCGGAGGAGGCAGCGGGCAGCCCGCGAUACGAGACCAUGCAGUGCUUCGCCCUCACGCAGCCCAAAGCCAUGAUGGAGGAGGGGGAGGACCUGCAGUCCUGCAUGAUAUGUGUGGCACGGCGCAUCACUGCGGUGGAGCGAACGGAGAGUUUCAGCACCAAGCACGAGAUCUCAGGCAAGCUGAUCCAGAUUGACCCGAACUCUCUCCGUGCCUCCAUGCGCCCGGGCUGGGAGGACCUGCUCCGCCGCUGCAUCCAGAUGUUCCUGCAUCACAGCGAGGGCCAGCCCUGGUCCCACCGCCGUCACUACCAAGAGGCCUUCAUGCAGGGCCACGCCGAGACCCCGCUGUACCGCUUCUCGCUGUCGGACGGCACGCCGGUCACGGCGCAGACCAAGAGCAAGCUGUGGCGCAACCACGUGAACAACGAACCGCAAGGCUUCAUCUCCACUCAUCUGCUGCAGAGGGAGCAGAAUGGAUACCGCACCAACCCGGGUGGCAUGAGGCCGCAGGGCAUGCCCAACGCCAGCUCUCAUGCCCAGCCUGGGGGCGCUGUGUCCAUGGGUGCUAACCGCGCCUACGGCGGGAAUGAGCACGGCACCAUGGGCCAAAUGGGCAGUGGCGCGUACGGCGGGGGGAACAGGAUGAUGCAGAUGAAUCCCAUGAACUCUAUGAAUCAGAUGAAUCAAGGGAAUCAGGCGAAUCCGAUGAAUCAAGGGACUCAGAUGAAUCCCAUGAAUCAGAUGAAUCAAAUGAAUCAGAUGAGUCAAAUGAGCCAAAUGAAUCAGAUGAACCCAAUGAGUCAGGUGAACCAGAUGAAUCAGAUGAGCCACGCUGGUCCUGGUCCUGGCAUGCAGCAGCAGCAGCCCCCGUUCCAGAGUGGGGGGUACAGCCUGGGCAUGAACAGCCCGUCCCAUGGCAGCCCGGGCAUGAGCGCCCCCCAGCAGAUGAGGAUGCGUGGGAGCCCCAAAAUGGCAGCAAGCCAGUUCUCCCCAGGAGGAAUGCCGUCUCCCAUAGGGCCGUGCGGUGCUGGCGGGUCGGCUGGUGGUGGAGGCAGCAGCUCGUUCUCCAGCAGUUCCUUGAACGCCCUCCAGGCCAUCAGUGAGGGGGUGGGCAGCGCCCUGUCCUCCGCCCUGACCUCGCCCGCCCACAAGUCCGAGAGCUCGCCCGGCUUGGCCCCUUCCCAGCCACAAAGCCAGCUGGGAAAACCUGGCCCGGCAGAGUCCAAGAGCCCGGCAGACCCACCCCACCCGCACGUCCACCCGCACCAGCACCGCCCCCAGUCUGCGGACGGAGGCGUGGACAGGCCCGACAGCCAACCCGGCGGCAAGGAGGGUGCUGACGGGGGCGUGGCCAGCUCUGAGCCCCCCAGGCGCUCGCUGGACGGGAAAGGUCACAGAAAGCUCCUGCAGCUGCUGACGUCUCCCACGGGGGAGCUGGACCUGGGGGGCCCCGGGGGACACCCCCUGGCCCCACCCAGACCCUCCACACCCAGUGGCCCGGAUGCCAAGGAGCCCUCGGGCUGCGUCACUAGCCCCACCUCCAUGGGCGUGUCGUCCUCCUCCUCCAGCGGCCCAGGGCAGCAGGGUGGGGCAGGGCACCUCCCCAGCCACUCGCUGCAGGAAAAGCACAAAAUUCUGCACAAGCUGCUGCAGAACUGGAACACCCCCGACGAGGUGGCCAAGAUCACCGCCGAGGCCACUGGGAAGGUGUCCGCAGGGGCAGAGCCUGGGGGCGGGCCUGCUGGCCGGGGCGGGGCCGGGGGCGCAGAGGUGAAGCAGGAGAUGCACAGCCCCCGGAAGGAGAAGACCAACGCUCUGCUGCACUACCUCCUCAACAAGGAGGAGCCGCUUGACAUCAAGGCCAAGGUGGAGGAGCAGGAGGGGAAGGGGGACUGCAGCACCUCCUCCAGCAACAAUGCCGAGGGGAAGGUCAAGACCGAGCCCCCAGAUGAGUUUGAAAGCCUGGAGACGAUCCUGGGAGGCCUCAGGAACUCCGGCUCCAGGUUUUGCCCUGAGUCAGGAAUGGGAGGAGCCAGUGAUGCGAGGAGCAAGCAGGGGCCGUGUCUGGAGGACAGCAUGCAAGACUCCAGGAGUCCGGGUCCAGUCCCGGCCGGGCGUGCGCCCUUCCAGAGGGCCAUGUCGGUGGACAGUAAGCCCCCGGCUGGAGGGGGCCUGGCAGGGCGACGCAGCGUCCCCUGUCCCAUGCUGGUGAAGCAGGAGAGCCUGGACAGCCCACGCGGGAUGGGCACGCCCGCCAACGUCCCCGGGAACAUGGGCAUGCUGAACAGGGGGAUGUCCAUGCCCCAGCGCUCCCCCAUGGGGGGUUCGGUGGACUGGGGGAGGCCUGGGGGCAGUCCUGCGGGACCGGGGGGGCACCCCUCCAUGAUCCGCCCUGGAAUGGAGUACGGGCCCAAGGCCAUGAUGGGAGGGCCCAUGGUCAACAGGUCCAACAGUGUCCCAGGCAGCAGGUCGAUGCUGCAGCAGCAGCUGAUGGAUAUGGGCCCAAAUGAAGUGAGUGUGGGUAUGGGGCCCUUCGGUGGGCAGGGGCCCCCCAGUCAGUCCCCCUCAUGGCCAGAUUCUGUGAUGGGCGGGGAGCCGGGACCCCCAAAUGGGCGUGGCAGGAGGCAGUUUGGGAACCCCCUGGACGAGCUGCUGGUGCCCCCCUCCACCAGCGAGGGGCAGAGUGACGAGCGCGCGCUCCUGGACCAGCUGGACUCGCUGCUCAACAACGCCGACAUGAACACGCUGGAGGGCAUCGACCGGGCGCUGGGCAUCCCUGACCUCAUCAGCCAGGGCCAGGGUGGGGAGCAGCCCCCGGAGCACUUUGGGGGCCCGGAGUCGCCCCUGGUGAUGGAGCAGAGGUCCCUGUACAGCCAGGGCUACCCCGGCCCCCCCAGCAUGGCCCUGCCACAGGGCUACGGGGGCUCCAUGCCGGGGCAGGCUGGGGGCUUCGGCCCCAUGGUGGGGCAGCAGGGGGGCUUCCCGCUGCAGGGCAUGCACCCCCGCGCCAUGCAGCCGCGCAUGAUUAGCGCCACCAAACCCAUGCGCCUGCAGCUGCAGCAGAGACUGCAGGGCCAGCAGUUCAUGAACCAGACCCGGCAGGGUCCCGGGGUGAAGAUGGAGAACGCUCCUGCAGGAGGCCCUAUGCUUCGCCCGGGCAUGCAGCCGGGCAUGAGCGCCCAGCCUGGGUUCCUGAACGCUCAGAUGAUGGCCCAGAGGAACAGGGAGUUGAUGAACUUCCAGAUCCGGAGACAGAGGAUGAUGAUGGCCUUACAGCAGCAGCAGCAGCAGCAGCAGCAACAGCAGCAACAGCAGGCUGCAGCUGGGUUCAGCCCCCCUCCCAACGUCACCGCCCCCACCGCCAUGGACAGCGCCAUGGCCGGACCCCCCAUGGCCGGACCCCCCAUGACCCAGCCAGGGCAGCAGGCCUUCCCCUACGGAGGGAGCUACGGGAUGAACCAGCAGGGGGACCCCUCAUUCGCACGCUCAGCUGGCAGUCCCCCCAGCAACAUGAUGCCUGGACGCCUUGGUCCUCCACAAAAUCCCAUGAUGCAACAGCACCCCCAGGGUGGCCCCAUGUACCAGUCAGCUGACAUGAAGGGCUGGACACAGGGCAAUAUGCCCAGGAAUAACAUGUACCCCCAGCAGCAGCUUCCCCAGCAGGGCAACCCCAGCUCCUAUGGGGGCAUGAUGAUGAAUGGGUCUAUGCCAGUGAACGGGGGCAAUGGAGCGCACAUGGGGCAGAUGCAGGGGCAGAUGCAGGGGCAAAUGCAGGGGCAACUGCAGGGGCAACUGCAGGGGCAGAUGCAGGGGCAAAUGCAGGGGCAGAUGCAGGGGCAAAUGCAGGGGCAGAUGGGCAUGAACCCUAUGGCCAUGGGACGGAUGCAGAUGGGGUCUGAGCAGAAAUACUGCUGAUGCUGUGACUCCAGUGUGUGACUCUGAGCUCUGAGUCCUGCAGGACGGGGCUGCUGUGACUCCAGCACUCUGUGCUCCACCUCCCCACCAGAGAUCAACGGGGUGCUGACAGAAUGCCUCCUAAUGUCAGACUGAGACUCUCUCUCACACACACACACACACACACACACACACACACACACACACACACACACAGACACACACACACACACAGUUCGCUCAUACACGCUCGCAGCCACACACGCGCUCUCACACUUGCUCUUUCUCUCCUCUCUGAUACACUCUCACACAUGUUCACUUUCAUACACAGAAAAACACAAAACCAGACGCACACAUACACACACACACACACUCACACACACACACACACACACACACACAGCUGAGCGAUGCUCAGGAAGAGAACAUGUAUUUAUGUAGUUGUGCUGUGGCAUCACACCUCUGUGUGUUCCUUUUCCUACUGGAGGAGCCCAGCUCUGUCCGCUGGCCAAUCAGAACACGGCCUGUUCCUCCAAUCAAAGCAGAGGCUCUUGAUUUUCAGGCAGUUAGACCGUGUAGGUGGCAUGCAGUAUUUCGCCUUUGUUGCGGGAAAAACUCUUUGCUUUGAAAUGUGAUGGUCUAGGGUACGAGGCAGAACUAUUUAGUUGCGAUUGCAUUGCACUUUACACAAAGGCUAAUAUUGAAAGGACUGUUGCAAUAUUUCUUAGUCAUUUUAGCCUUAUUCAAAAAUCAAUGCACAUAGCAAAACCUUUCCUUCAUCGGUCUCUUUAUAAUUAAAAAUGUUAACGCAGAGCAGUAAGCACAUAUUUCUAUAUUAUGCAGAUUUAAGCAAUAAACAUUCUACUCUUUAGACUGAAGCUCAAUGGAUCAUUUACUCAAAGCAAAGGUACUGCAGUAUUAGUUGUAAUGUCACAUUUUGCUAUUUCUUGUCUGUGUAUAUGAAUUGUACAUAUGCUUCAAAUGUGUAUUAUAUGCUUUUGUAGGUUACAUACUGUUUUUUGCACAGACUGUAGGGCUUCUUCGUAUUUAAAGUAUAAUUCUUAUUCUGUUUUUUUAAGGUGAAUAGAGCUUUUAUUCAAUUUUUUUUUCUUGGUGAAGGGGGCAAGGGUAGGGAUUACUUGUCGUGCCCUAAUUUUGAAUACAUUUUAAACUGUACAGCUGCCAUUUUUUAAAUAAGAAAGGCACUUUUAUUUGUGAUAUUGAAAAACAAAUCCUGAAAUGGUUUUAUUUGUCAGGAUGGCCAUAAAGGUGAGAUGGAGAGGUGCAGGGAAUGUAUCAUCACAGUAGCAUUUACUGAAGUUCCUCAGUGUAACUGGUAGAGGAAAAAGACCCUAUUCCUUACCAGAGAGACCUGGGACAAACCAACACAGAAGAGUGUUCCACUCUACCAGUAGGGGGUUUUCCUGAGGAACUCGCACACUCACACUCACACUCACACUCACACUCACACUCUCACUCACACUCACACUCUCACACACACUCUCACACACACACACACACACACACACACACACUAACCAAGCGAUUUCCUAAGGUAACUUUAUACUUUCCCAGUGGAGGAACACACUGAGUGUGUAGGAGAAGGCUUCUUUACUGACUGACUAAUUUAAUGUAAACACCCUUGAGUGUAUUCCCUUCCAUUCGCUGGAAUGAGUUCUAGGGAUCUGCCUUCUUCUGUGGACCUGAAAGACCCAGACAUUUGGCAGCACCACAGAGUUCAGCAACACACAGAAAAAGCCAUCCUGAUGGACAGUAUCCGAAAGAAAACCAAAUUCACUCACUCACUGACUUUUUUGAAAAACAGAGGUCAGAAAGCAAUUUCUAAAGUAGCAUAUUUCCAGGCACAAAAUAGUAGCAUUUUCUUUUUCUUGGUGGUGCUAAAAUGUAUCUUGGGGCAAGGUAAAACAUUGUGAACAUGAUAUUGAAUUGAAGGGGAAGUUCUGGCUGUAAUUAUUGUCAUUAAUCUUUACUGAGGAUUUUUAAAUAUCUUACCUUUAUUCUGUGCUUGAUUUUCAUCAAGAAAUCUACCUUGUAAGACAUGCGCAAUCCAAAGAUUUAUUUUGUUUCAAUGCUUUGAAGGUUCCUUAUAUUGACAGUGCAAAUGUGUAUUUAUGUGUGUAUGUGUGUGCACAAGCUUACACACAGAUAUAGAUACAUAUUAAAUGAAUAUAUAUGAAAUUAAUAUUUUGUAUAUUGUAUAGUACAGAAGGAAUACAUGGGUUUCCUGUUCUGCAGCUUUCUGAGGGGAAUAUGGCCAGUGGGGAAUCUAUUUCAGUGCAGCAGGGAAUGGGUUUCUGUAGAUUGUUUGCUAAGGUUCAACUUUUAUGUUUUCACAAAGCCACCACAAUUGUGAAAUUGUUCCAGACAGAGAGAAUCGAUUGAAUUAAAUGCUGUGUGACAUUUGUCUUGAACUAAAUUUUUUUCAACAGCUGACUUUUUUUCGAGCUGACUGAUGGAGAGGUUUCAGUGGUUCAUUUUUAUUAUAUUGAAUAGCCUAGAGAUGAUUUUAUUUCGUUUUAUUUUUGUCUCGAUUAGUUCAGUUAAACUGUUCAGUACACCCUUUUGGGGACUCGUCCUUGCUCCUGUUUUCAGGCGUUGCGAUGCAGAGAAAAGUUCCCUUUGCUCUGUUGUUGAUUAAAUGAAAAACGGAAAAUGAAUCCAGGAUGUACAUUGCUUUUUCUCUUGUUUUGCGAUGUUAAUAUUGAUGUAAAUACAAAUUUCUAUUUAAA